GUCCGAAGGGCAGAAUGAGCCAACAGUGGCGCUUUCAUACCCGUCUGUUAAUUCUGUUCGAGAGCGCUGAAUGAUAAUAAAGAAAAAGGGAAAAGAAGUUCAUGAGGAAACUGCACAAAAAAAGAAAAAGGGGAAAAAUAGUGGGAGCCAGACUAUCAUUAAAAUUGAGAAAGAUGUUCAAACUGUCAUUAAAACUAAGGAUGAUGACUGGUUUGAGACUAAGGCAAAAACAAAAGGAAGGAAAAAGAAAAGUUUAGAAGAGGAUGAAUGUUUAGACCAACUAAAAUCAAAGAAGAAGAAAAACAAGAAAAAGAAAGUUUGCUCUGAAUUUCAGGAAGAAGCACGUUCUGAAAGCUUUGUGAAUGUAGAAAGCCAUCUGGAUUUAGAACCACAAGAAGAAUCAGAGGAACCAAUUAAAAUUAUCAAAAAGAAGAAAAAAAAAGACCACCGUCAUUCCUUCUUAUCGUUGGAGAAUAAUCAGCGUAGCGAGGUAGGCCUUUCAAAUCAUCAUACAGAUGGUACUCAGGAAAAUGAAUUUCUUUUCAAGAAAAGCAGAAAGAACAUCGCUUUGAAUUUGGAAUGGGAUGGCGAAGUAACUAAGGAAAAGAAGACGAGCAUUUUUUCUUUAGCGUUAGAGGACUACCACGACAGCGAACAAAAACAAUCAAAAAAAGAGCUUAAAAAAAAACACAAAAACACUUCACAAGAAAAAGAUGUUACUGGCACAAACCAUGGAACAGAUAUUAUCCAGAAUGAUGGGGAGAGUUAUGUGAGGAGAAAGAAGAAGAAGAAGAAAAAAGAUAAGCCUGCCUCCUUUUUACCACUGACAUGUAGUCAGGACAACGUCUGUGGAGUUUAUGAUAGCCACAUUGCAAUAAAUGACUUCAGAAAAAGGAAAAGAAAGAACUCCCAGGAGUUUACGUUGCUGAAUAAAGAGGAAGAGGAUAACAUUGAGAACUCUGAAAGUUUCAGAGAGACAACCAAGAAGAAGAAGAAGAAAAGCCAAGAUGUUUCCUCUUUAAUAUGUGAAGAUAAUCAGGACUACAGGCAUAGAGUUCCUGAUGAGUCUCUUUCUGCACAGCAAGAAGUUGAGUCUGAAGAAAAAGAGCUUUCUGGAAAAAAACACAGGAAGAAUAUCAAGGACAAUAAUGAUGUGACCAAGAAGAAAAAGAAAAAGAAGAUUCAAAAAGAAGAGGAGGAAACAACUGAUUCAUUAUUUGCUAUAAGUGAGGACCGCACAUCUAAAAGCAAAAAAAUAACGCUACCAGAAAGCAAUGAAAAGAACAACGAGAGUGAAACCAAGCUAGCUGAAUGUGUCACAGGGGAUGUUGUGGAUAGGGUAUUAUGUAAUUACAAUCAUCUGCUCUCUGACAAAAAAACUAAAAAAAGAAAAAAAGUACAACGGGAUUCUACUGAAGAACCAGGUUCAAAAGCAAAUUUAAAAAAGAAAAAGGUCAAAAGAGAAAACACGGGAAAUGAAGCAUUGGAACAUGUGGAUGAUGUAACUAUUGUGCAGGAAAAAAAAGGAAACUGUGAUGAAAUUAAUAUAGACAAGGUGAGACGGCAAGCUCUGCAAGAAGAAAUUGAUAGAGAAUCUGGCAAAACUAAGGUUUUCAGUACCAAAGUGGAACCGGAUGCAAAGUUUGGCCAGUGGAGUACAGCUGCUUUUCAAAGUCCUGACCGAGGAAUGAAGUUUCUUAGACUGAUGGGCGGUUUUAAAAAGGGCUCCAUGUCUAUCCAAGAUCUCUCAGCAACUACAAACAAACCAAACAUGGCUCUGAGCAGGGAAGGGGAGGAGAAGUUACAGCAGGCCCUGAAAAUGGAAUUUGAUAAAGCAAUGGACUUGAAGCAACACAGAAGAAUUGGUCUUGGAUUCCAACCUGCUGCCACCAAAAAAGUGUACAUAGACAAAUACACAUCUAGAUCUAUAAAAUUUGAAGAUUAAACUGUUAAGUAAUAAAAAGAAUUAAAAUUCAACAAGCAAAUUUUUUUUGCUUUCCCUUUUUACUUGAAAUAAAAUACAAAAAUGUUUAAAAAAAUUGGAUUUAUGAGGUAAUUUCAGUACAAGUUUUUGGAUACUGGAUCCUACAGUGUCUGUGGAGCUGGGUCUUCACUUCAGCUGAACACUGAAGUUUUUGAAACCUUUAUAAUGCUUUUUACAAGGCAAGAGGCAGCCUUCAACAAAGACUGAAGAUGUGUGGGCAAAGCUUGCAACAAGUUGCAGCUUGGUAAAUGUUUUUUUAUGAUGUUGAUUUCAUAAUUAGCUACAUCAGUGAUUCAAAGGGGAUUUAGUAUUUGGUAAAAUCUUCACGUUUUUGCACUCCGGGAGUGGUGCGAAGCGAUGGCUUUUUACUUUGAAGAACUACUGAUACACCCAUAGACUGGACAAGAGGAGGAUUUUUAAUCUGAAGGUGGAUUCUUAUUUAGCAUCUUUGUUACAAUAAUGAAUAUUGUUGAAUAUUCUGUGUAUUUUACUAUGCUGUGGCAGUUUCAUUUUCAAGAAGUUGUGCUCAUCUGGGUAAAUGAAGAUAAACGCUUUCUGGAUAGCAGCACCAACUACAUGGAUCUAGAUUUGCUAAAUUAUAGAAAGCAAGAAUUUUAAUAGGGUGCUUAUGGGUUUCACUAUAAAUCAGUUUGAAUGAAAUUUCUAACCUUUGGAUUUUUCAGUCAUGUAAACUGCACUUUCAUUGGCUUGUUAGGAGUUCAAAAAAAAAAAAAAAAGGCAGUUGCAUGUUUAUUUGCAGUAUGUAUUCAGGAGUCCAGAACAGUCUAGCAGUGUCUUGCUUGAAGUUAUGAAAAGAUAGUGGAAAACUGUCAUAUUUUAGUAUUGGCUCUGUCAUUUGUUCUGAGAGAUACUGUUCUCUGAAGUCUCACUGUAGCUCCAGUUCUUAAACAGGACAAAGUGAACUUUUCUUCCAUCCACGCCUACAGUAGGAAUAGUGGCCUACUUGAGGGGGGGAGGGUGGAGAGGAAAAAACAAACAAACAAAAAAAACCCCAGCAACUCCCUCUUCCUCUGGUCGGGUUACUAUUUCCACUUACUCAGUUCCUCUUUUUUUCUGAUGAACCGCCUAUCAUUUUUUGCUCAGAUGAUACCUGCUCAUCUACUAUUCUUGACUCUCUUUAAGGCAACCUCUAAUUCCACAAGGCCUUCUCCCUUGGAUCACUCUACCUAAAAGCGGCUGCCUCCAGGCAGAACCUGUGCUAACAAAGCAGUAGUUGGUUCCAGUGCACUUUGGGCAACUCCUGAGGGGAAAUUAAAAUGAUGUGGAGGCUCUAGUGUAAGCAGUCACCAUGGACUGACCCAUUCCCAAACACGGGAAGCAGGAAAUGCUGAACCACUUCUUGGAGGGUCUGAGCUAACUUUUGAGGAAACUCUGUCCUUUGCAGCAUCAUUUAAAACCACCACUACCUCAGGUGAGGGACUUGCUCUGUGCCACUGCUUCUCAAAACUGAGUGACUGGCUUCACAGUCCUUUCUUGGCUUCAGCUGUGCUUUGCAUAAAUUCAGACAGCAGAGCUGUCUUACCACCUAGAACUUGCAUCUUUUUGUUAGCAGUGCAACAAACAGCGCCACAGCGCCAAGGGAGCACGUGUUCCCCUCACAUUUCCAUCUUCUCUUCUGAUUUAAGACAAAUGCUGAAUUCAGGCCCUCAAAUACUUGUCCAGCAAUAAAUAAGUAAGAGGAACAGGUAGGAAAACGUCAACUAGUGACUUCCUUUAGGAGGAGAGGAACAGGCACGUAUGGCUUUCUGCUGCAGAGCCAGCCUUGGAAAUGUUCCCCCUCAUGAGUUGCCCAAAAUGCACUGAACCCAGCCUUGGACUUGUCUUCCUUGCACUGUUUGUGCUGAAGAUGCUGAAGUAUUUGUUCUGGCCUUGCCUUUAGAGGAGGACUUUUUUUUUUCCCCCUCUAGAAUUAUACAGUAAACACCACUAUGUUGCUGGAGGAUAGCUCUGUGGAUGGCCCGGCCCCUAGCUCUUGAUGAAACUGUGCAUAUGUAAAUGGAGUAGUUUGGCGGGGUGGGGGGAAGUCAUCUGGAAAAGCCUGGUUCAAGUAGUCAGACUUGGUCUGGUCUGUAUGUUUGCUAUAUACAGAAAAAAACAUUAGGUCUAUUUUAAGCCUGGGAGAAAGCCAAAUUAGAUUGGUUGGGUUAGCCUCUGAACUAUACGUUUAGAGUUUGUUCCCGAUAACUAACCAGAGCUUUCUGCCUGCCAUGAGCUACUUUUGCACUAAUAAAAACAGAAGUAAAACGUGGGAUACGAUUUCA